UUUUGGUGGAUUUGAUUUUUUGGUUAAAUUUAAUUUUAGAAUUACUUUGACGAAUAUUAUUAUUUGUUGACAUCGCUGAUAAAGUCUAGGAAAAUGAUUACUGACGUGCAACUUGGUGUAAUGGCGAAUGUUUUGGGUGUCGGUAUAUUUAUUUUGGUUAUUCUCUACCAUUAUAUUGUUGCUAAUCAAAAGAAGCAGGGUUCAGUUCAACAAUGAUUAAAAGUCGAAAUUGGAAAGGAAGUUAAAAAGCUGUAUUUUUAACAAAUUAGAUGAGCACAACUUCGUUCGGAAAAGACAAAGGCUUUGGAUAUACUAAAGUAAAUAACGUUCAAUCUCCUUCAACUUCAGCGGGAGCUUUUAGAAAUAGCAGAGAUUAUUGGAAUACUAGCGGUUAUUCUACCCCGGCUUCUUAUACUUCUAAAUUUUCCACAACAACAACUGGCGAGGAAGUUGGUUGUUUCUCGUCUGUACGAAUGACGGCAGCUGCUAAACUAGGUCGUUAUCUUCGACGUCUUUUUCAUGCUCGGCAGAUGGAUUUUGAAUUUGCUGCUUGGCAAAUGCUUUAUUUAAUGAUUAAUCCACAAAAAGUUUACAGGAAUUUUAUGUACAGGAAAAAAACAAAAGACCAAUGGGCACGUGAUGACCCAGCAUUCCUCGUUCUUUUGGCAUUUUCGCUUUUUGGCUCAAGCGUUCUUUUUGCCUUUGCUCUUGGAUUAUCAAUCUCUGCAUUCUUAACAUUCUUUUUGUGGGCAGUUUUUGUUGAUUGUAUUUGUGUUGGUUUAGUUAUUGCAACAAUUCUUUGGUAUAUAUCAAAUCGUUAUUUACGUCGAGUUAAGGAUCAAGAUGUUGAGUGGGGUUAUUGUUUUGAUGUGCACUUGAAUGCUUUCUUUCCUCUAUUGAUUUGUCUUCAUGUUAUUCUGCCUUUGUUAUUUUAUGGUCUAAUAGAUUAUUCAAAUUUUGCUGCUCGUGCUUUGGGAAAUUCAAUUUGGUGCAUCGCUGUAAUUUACUAUAUUUAUAUUACCUUUUUGGGAUAUACAGCUCUUCCAAUUUUGAAAAAUACCCAUUUCUUUCUCUACCCAAUUACAUUUUUAUUUAUAUUUUUCGUUGCAACAAUAAGUGCUGGUUGGAAUAUAACACAAACUUUUAUGGAUUUUUAUCAUUAUAGAGCGACAAAUUUACCGAGACGACAACCAUAA